CGUCAGCCGCGUCUCCACUUUGUCCUCGUUAUUCCAAGUGCGCGCAGGAGCGAAGAGGAGACCUACCGAGGUGUCUCUAACGGAUUUUCAGACAAGGGGGGCAAGCGGACGACUUUUGCGAUUCCACCGUGUUUAUUUGUGCAUUUUGUCACAUUUAUAUUUAAAAGAAAAAAAAAAAAUAAGAAAGGAGGAAAAAAAAAAGAGGAGAAAAAAAAGUGCCUGGAAAAAGCGGGGGGAGGAGGAAUAACCAAAACGCAACACGUAUCCGGUGGGAUCCCACUCCUGAGAGAGAGAGACGCGGCAGGAGUUGGAGCGGAGGGCGCAAGCUGCGAGAGAGAGGAGAGAAAAAAAACAAAAAAAAGAAGGGAAAGCUGUGGCGAUCCGCACGUAACAUCGCGUUUCAAUUAAUAACGAGGAAUAAUGAGGAACGUUUGGAUAAUUUUGACCCUGGGGCUGACCGUCUUCCUCUCCGGGGAAAGGAUAGCUGAAGCAGCCAAGACUUCCUCCUCUCAGGCUGAUGACUUGUACCUGGAUGACGCAGGGUCGGGGGGCUUCUAUCCUGAGGAUGACGAUGACUUUAACUCAGGGUCUGGCUCAGGUGGAGAUGAAGAAGUGGAUAUUGAAACAGUGACUGUCAGUACUGUUUAUAUCCAGCCCAAAGCAGCAGAACCCACCCAGGACUCCACCAAAGAUUUCACCCCAAGAGUGGACAUAGUCACAGUCAGAGAAAAGGCCAUCACACCCAAGAAACCAUUCAGAACAGAGGCACCAGUGCCAGUUACAGAGGACAUGCAGAGGACCCAGAUGACCAGUACGACCUUUGCCCCCGGCUCGCCCCAGGAGGCCGUGGAAGUCCACUCGGACAACCUCUUCCACAGGACAGAGGUGUUGGCAGCCGUUAUUGCCGGUGGAGUCAUUGGCUUCCUCUUCGCCAUCUUCCUCAUCCUCCUUUUGGUCUACCGCAUGAGGAAGAAGGAUGAGGGCAGCUACGACCUGGGAGAGAGGAAACCUUCUGGUGCAGCCUAUCAGAAGGCCCCAACCAAGGAGUUUUAUGCAUAAAAUCCCACCUACCGUCACCAGGUCGACAAAUCUCAAGCGGCUGUUCGAUAAACAGCCCGUGACAACAGCAAAACCUGUUCAAACACAAGAAAAAAAAAACGUCAAAAUGUUAAAAAGUCGAUUAAGGAAAAUAGCAUAAAGGAAAGCUUUUGCAUAGAGUAUUGUAAUUAAGACCUUCUUCUUUCUUCUUUUUUUUAAAAUGAAAACCAAGCAUUUCUCAUUUUAUGGCAAAUCAGUGUAUUUAAACAUUUUGUGUAUUAUUUGAAAAAGGCUGAAAAAAAAAUAAAACAACAAAAACAGGAUCUGUAAAGGCGAGGAACCCGAUCGCAUCUGUCUUCUGUCAAAAGGAGCUGUUUUUAGUCGCUGACUACUUUUAACUGUAGCAGUAUGUUAUUUGUAAAGAAAAAAAUUUAAAGUGGAAAUAAUUGAAUAUAAUUAUUCUGUAUCAAUCCUACUUUCAUUUUUCAUUUUAUUUUGUCCUAGCAUGUCUGAUGUUGAUCUCUAAAGGUGUAUUACAUUAAUUUAUCUUUUCUCUGAUGUUAAAAAAAAAAAAAUGCCUUUGUAGUUUUGAUGAAGCUCUUGGUCUUCAUAUUAACGCUGUUAACGGUCAAUGUAAAUGUUCUCCCUUCAGGUUACAAUGUUUAUUUUUUGCUCUCACAUCAGUUUUAGUCAAACAUGAGCUUUUUAUUAUGUCUUGUUUACUUGUUUGUUUUCUUCUCAGUGUAGCCUUUUUUUUUUUUUUUUUUUUGACAGCAUUUUUAUUUUCAAACCCAGGAAUUGGUCUUCAAAAGGUAGAAAAUAUGUCAGGGCUGGUGAAACAUCACAAAAAUCUCACUUCUGUAUUAUGUCUUUCUGAAGUUCUGUUCUAUUUAAAUGCAUUCUUCUUAACAUUGCACAUUCACUGCUUCGCUUCCUACUGCUGUUGUGCAGCUUCGUGUAGUGUUUUGGGUCUGAAGUUUUUUUUUCUCUGUGGCUUGUUGUGUUUUUGGACCGUAGCCACCCCCCUGCACCAUCACGCUCACAUCUUCUUCCCCCUUUUCUCUUUUUACCCUAACGUCCCUCACUCCCACCCUCUGUUUUUUUUUUUAAUCAGAUUGGUACGCGGCCCCCUCUUCUUUUUCCUCCCUCAGCUGUUUGGGGCCACACUGGUGUUAUUGUCCAUGUUGCAGUGUCGAUGCUUUAGGCCCAAAGAUCUGCCCAGUGAAGGCCUGGAAACUGCUUGGACACAAACACACCAGGCCAGGACCGCAUCCCCACAUGCAGAGCACAUACCUCUGCAGCAAACAACACCACAAACUCAGUUUCUCUCAGAGGGAUUAGCUAUCGAUAAAUACGGCUGCCGAGCAAAUGUAAGACUCCAGUGUUAUGCCCCAAUAGUCUUUGACAAGACGCUCAGAUUGAGGGCUGUUGGUGUUUUUUUUUUUUUUUUCAGAUGAGCUUUAGCUGAACUUCACAGAGGGCUUCGUCUGACUGCGAAUCUGUGAAAGGUUGAAGUUGUUUACGUUUGUUAUGAUGCCGUUCUGCAUCCUGAAGCGAGUUAAAGUGAAAAACAGGCUCCAAAAUGGCCGCCUCUAAAAAAAAAAAAAAAAAAAAAAAAAAAAGCCACGUAGAUGUGUUUUCUUUUUUUUUUUUUUUUCUUUUUUUUUGUAAAGAAAAAAGGUUAUUGUUACAUGAUGACAAGUUACUGUCUGUCACUGUCUCCAUAAUGUUUCGACUACAUUAACUUGAUCUGAAGAGACACGUGUUUUGUCCGGCAGGUUGUGAAGUUGCCUUUUUCAGCUGUACAGUAAUGUGAAGUAGAUACGGUAGAUGCUGUCACAUCAUCGAAUCUCCUAACGUCACCUGAACGUGGCUGUCCAUCCCUAGACCUCUCCACCCGUCUCCAACCUCUCUCUCUCUCUCCUUUCAUUCAGCCUCUUUGUUCUUUUUUAAUUGUCCACUGCCAUCCUUUCUUGUCAUAGCACUUGUGGUACUGAACUAUACUGAAAAACCCAAAGACUCACAGUGUUUCUACUCCAGACAUCUUCUCACACCCACUCCCUCCAUCAUGGCCACAUCAUGUUGUUUCCUCUUUCUUUUUUUCUUCUUCACUGUUUUAGUUUUGUUCUCUCUGUUAGAGACCUGACCUUUAAGUCCAAUUGCUUAUUAGUAUAUGAAAAGAUAUAUAAAUAUAUAUAAAUGUAUAUUCACAAAUGUUUUAAACCUUCAAAGUGCCUACCAUUUGGAAAUGUACUUGCUCAAAGGCGAGCAUGUUGCAGGGUGUGUACACAAAGGAGGGUGUAAACGACUUGACUGGCAUUCUGUGAGCAUGGAUGACUGUAAUGGUAACUUUUUUUUUAGUCUUACAAAAGCUGACAGUAUUGUACCUAUAAGUUGAAACAACACUACUGAAUAAACAUUGUGGCCUAAUA